AUGGCCGCCGUGCUCCGUUCUCUCCAACGCCGCAACUUCGCUUCUUCCUCUGUCUCCGCCUUUCGAUCGUUGACAGGCAGCACAAAGGCAUCAUAUGCAACUCACAAGUUGGCAAGUUUGGCUCGACCUUUCAGUUCAAGACCUGCUGGCAAUGAUGUCAUUGGAAUUGAUUUGGGUACUACCAAUUCAUGUGUUUCGGUCAUGGAGGGGAAGAACCCCAAAGUUAUUGAGAACUCGGAAGGAGCUCGAACAACACCAUCAGUGGUUGCUUUCAACCAGAAAUCAGAGCUGCUUGUUGGUACACCAGCCAAGCGUCAGGCUGUGACUAACCCAACUAAUACCCUUUUUGGCACCAAACGUUUGAUUGGUAGGCGCUUUGAUGACGCUCAAACACAAAAGGAGAUGAAAAUGGUACCCUAUAAGAUUGUUAGGGCACCCAGUGGAGAUGCUUGGGUUGAAGCUAACGGACAGCAAUAUUCUCCCAGCCAAAUUGGUGCUUUUGUUCUCACCAAGAUGAAGGAGACUGCGGAGGCAUACCUUGGAAAGUCUAUUUCUAAAGCUGUAGUUACUGUUCCAGCGUACUUCAAUGAUGCUCAGAGGCAGGCAACAAAAGAUGCUGGUAGAAUUGCCGGUCUUGAUGUCCAGAGAAUUAUCAAUGAACCCACUGCAGCUGCACUUUCAUAUGGCAUGAACAACAAGGAGGGUCUCAUUGCAGUUUUUGAUCUUGGAGGUGGAACAUUUGAUGUGUCCAUUUUAGAAAUUUCUAAUGGUGUUUUUGAGGUGAAAGCAACAAAUGGUGACACUUUCUUGGGAGGAGAAGAUUUUGACAAUGCCUUGUUGGACUUUCUAGUGAGCGAAUUCAAAAGAACCGAGAGUAUAGACCUUGCAAAGGAUAAGCUUGCUUUGCAGAGGCUUCGAGAAGCUGCUGAGAAAGCAAAAAUUGAACUUUCUUCAACUGCACAAACUGAAAUAAAUCUCCCUUUCAUCACUGCUGAUGCAUCUGGUGCAAAACAUUUGAACAUCACAUUGACUAGAUCCAAGUUUGAGGCUUUGGUAAAUAACCUGAUUGAAAGGACGAAGGCACCAUGUAAGAGCUGCUUGAAGGAUGCUAACAUAUCUAUCAAGGAUGUUGACGAGGUUCUUCUUGUUGGAGGGAUGACUCGUGUACCUAAGGUCCAGCAGGUGGUUUCAGAGAUCUUUGGAAAGAGUCCUAGCAAAGGAGUAAAUCCUGAUGAGGCUGUUGCCAUGGGAGCAGCUCUUCAGGGUGGUAUCCUUCGUGGAGAUGUUAAAGAGCUACUACUCCUAGACGUAACUCCUCUAUCUCUGGGUAUUGAGACUAUGGGUGGUAUCUUUACAAGAUUGAUCUCCCGCAACACAACAAUUCCUACCAAAAAGAGUCAGGAGUUUUCGACGGCAUCUGACAAUCAGCCUCAAGUGAAUAUCAGGGUGUUUCAAGGUGAGCGGGAAAUGGCCGAAGACAACAAAAGUCUUGGAGAAUUUGACCUUGUUGGCAUUCCUCCAGCCCCAAGAGGUGUGCCUAAAAUUCUAGUCACAUUUGACAUAGAUGCCAAUGGGAUUGUCACUGUCUCUGCCAAAGACAAGUCCACAGGAAAAGAACAACAAAUCACCAUUCGCUCAUCUGGAGGACUCUCGGAUGAUGAGAUCGAUAAGAUGGUCAAAGAAGCUGAGUUGCACGCUCAAAGAGACCAAGAAAGAAAGGCUCUCAUUGACAUUAGAAACAGUGCAGAUACAAGCAUAUAUAGUAUUGAGAAGAGUUUGGGAGAGUACAGAGAGAAGAUUCCCGCAGAAGUUGCGAAAGAGAUUGAAGAUGCUGUCUCAGAUUUGAGAACGGCGGUGAAAGGGGAAAAUGCUGAUGAUAUCAAGGCAAAACUAGAUGCAGCAAACAAAGCUGUGUCCAAGAUUGGACAGCAUAUGUCAGGUGGUUCAAGUGGCGGUCCCUCUGAUGGGGGUUCACAGGGUGGUGAACAGGCUCCUGAAGCAGAGUAUGAAGAGGUCAAAAAGUGA